CGUGUCAGUCAGGGGGUAGAGUCUAAGUGGUGAGGAGUGGAACUGUAUCCAGUUGUGCACCUAGCACCAUGGUGAACACGCGUAGUGGAAAGAGCACUGCGCCACGGUCCGAGGCCGAACACGCUAGGAUCGUCGCCAUCCUGAGAGAGAGAAAAGAGAAGAAAGAGCUCCUCAAGCAGGCGAAGUUAAAGGCCAUAGCAGAGGAGCAGGCGGCAAAGAAGAAGAAGUUAGAAGAGGAGAUGAUGAGAUUACAGAAGGAGAAGAUGUUGAAGAUACUGCAGGAGGAGGAAGAGGAGGAGGAGGAGGUAGAAGAAGAAGAAGAACCCCUUGAAAGGAGGCGUGGGGGAGAUAGAGGAGAGACAAGUGGCACGAAGGAGGAGGACGCAUGGAUGGAGAAGAAAAUUAGCGAGUGGAGAGCUAACUUAUCAUUGGGCAAAGACGAAGAGGCACUGAUGUCCGUGCCGCAGGAGGAGAGAGAAGCAUUCGCCGGGGUAUUGGAAAUGAUGGAGGACCCCCUGGAACGUCAGACAAUGGAAGACGAAAAGAAGUUGGAGUGGAAGUUGCGUAUGAUGAGGGAGAAGAAGCGAAGGAGGGAGGAAGCCAACCGAGUGGCUAGAGAGGUGGAGAGAGUCCGCGCAUGCAAACAGGAGGUUCAGGCACAGGCAGAUACCCCUCCGAAGUUAGAUAAGAUUCUAGGAUACCUGGAGAUUCUGAGUGCGGCCUGGCUUGAGGAAAAUCAGGCCAACAAGGGUCAAGAUGUGACCCUGAAUGCCAUCCGGUCGGGCCUUAGAGAGUUUGCGCGCGACGGCGUGGUGACCCACGUCGGAACCGAGAUAAAGAGAUUGAAGGAAGGCGUAGAUAAAUUCUGCGCAGGCGCCAUCGAAAGUGCCAAAGUAGUGGCCACGGCAGAGGCCGCAUCACGUCCCCGCAAGGAGGCUGUAAAGCUCAAAUUCCCUGACGCAUAUAGCGGGAAAAAGGACGAUAGUUUUGAUAACUGGGAGGCUAGCAUAAAUACAUGUGUACUUGCAGCAUAUUGCUCCCGAGGAACAAGUCCUCGUAGCCUUCCAUGCAUUAAAGGACGAAGCGGCCCGCUUCGCCAGGUCCCUUGCGCGCGUUGCUGAUUGUGAGCAUAAUAUGAUCGCAUAUUCUAGGUUGAACCCUCUCUCCACUUUUCUCAGACUCCUGCGUGAGAGGUUCGCUGACGUCACAAGGGGCGUCAGGGCCUCUGACAAACUCCAAACCAUCCACUCGCGACAAAGAGGAGUGCGCGAGCACUCAAAGCUGUCAUGGACGACUUAGUACACAUCCCGGACCACGGGGUCACUGAGACCUAGCUGGUCCUGUUGUUCUAUUGUGCCAUGCCAGAGCCCUUGCGAGGGCAAUUCUUUGACAAGA